GUUCCCUCUCCCAGCCUGUGCUGAUGCAGGAGUCCUCUCUUUCUGCCUCUCUGGGAACAUCAGCCAGACUCACCUGCACCCUGAGCAGUGGCUUCAGUGUUGGUAGCCAUGGGAUAUUCUGGCACCAGCAGAAGCCAGGGAGCCCUCCCUGUUAUCUCCUGUACUAUCACACAGACUCAGAUAAGCACCAGGGCACUGGGGUCCCCAGCCCCUUGUCUGGAUCCAAAGAUGCCUCGGCUAAUGCUGGAGCUCUGCACAUCUCUGGAGCGCAGCCUGAAGAUGAAGCUGACUGUUACUGUCAUGUCCAGCACAAUAAUGCCUAUCACAGUGACACAGAGAUGGGGAAGUGA